AGAUAACUGUUGAAUGGUGGGGAUUGAACGGUGGUAAAUACAAGUGUCAGCCAAUAGCGCCUGUCAGUUGCUUCGGAGUGCUACAAGUAGCGUUUUUUUGUUAAAUGUCAUGCAGUUAGUCGUGUGUGGCCCUGUAUAACGAUGACGAAAGUAUCUUUUAUUGUCCUGUCAUUGUUUAUCGGCACUCAGUGUCAACUGAUAUUCCCCGAUGAAUACGAUAGAUUCGAGGAUAUCAGUCCCCGGAAUGAAAGCCAAAGUCCGUUCCCCACAUUUCCCUCUGGGUAUCCUCUCCUCGGUAAUAGUUACCCCCCCGUGAUGGAUUUUCAACACGCCAAAAGUAUACAAUCAUCAUCAUCGAAAAAUUACAACAACAAUGCGGUAUCAAGUGACGGUACGCCCAACACGAAUGUCCCCGAUGAACAAAUCCACCGACACGACAGCUAUGUCGAUAAUCUCAUUGUUAAGGGAGUGACGAAGUUUGCUUUGGACAUGAACCGAGCAAUCGAUGCAUAUCAGCGAGACCAAUCGAUGAGCUCGGACCGUCCUAAUGUUGUAUUUUCCCCAGUGAGUUUAGUAGCGACACUGGCAACAAUUUUACUGGGUUCGGCCGGAAAAACGUUCGACGAGGUGGGAAAAAUUCUCGGUUUUUACCCUGAUUUCGAUAUUUCUGGACAAUCAGAAGUUAUUCAUGAAAUGCUGGGCUCACUACUCGCUUCUCUCGAUAAUAAACUUCCCAUCAAUGCCCCCGGCCCUCGAAUCGAAUUCGCAAAUGGAAUAUUUAUUCAGGCUGGCUAUCCCAUUCGUCCAGAAUUUUUAUCAAUCAGUCAACGAGUUUAUAACAGUGAGGUAAACAACGUCGACUUUGCGAGACAAUCAGCGUCAGCUCAGAGAAUCAUCAACAACUGGGUAGACAUGAAAACCCAUGGAAAGAUAAAAAAUAUUCUGGAACAAACCCCAUCUUCCGAGACCAGAGCUAUUUUCGCUUCUUCCUUGUACUUCAAUGCCGAAUGGAAUAAAUAUUUUCUCGACAACACCACCAAACGGAAACCGUUUACGUUGCCAUCUGGACAAACCGUUGACGUCGACAUGAUGUACAAUGCUGGGUUUUUCCCGUUCCACCGUGACCAGAAACUGGGCAUAGAAAUUCUGGGACUUCCCUACAAAAAUAGUGCUGAAAGCCCAGCUGAGCCAUCUGAUUUUGAACUCUUCGAGUCGACGAUGUACAUUCUGCUGCCAAGAUCUACAGACCCAAAUGCUCUAAACGCUUUGCAUUCCACGUUGACCCCAGAACUUAUUGAACAACUCAUAUUGAAAACGGAAAGUCAAUAUUGUCUUGUAGGACUGCCAAGGAUGAAGCUGACGAGUAGUCUGCACCUGAAACGUGUCUUUGAGUCACUGGGUCUGACUUCACUCUUUCAUCCCAAGCAAGCAAACCUGGCACUCCUCUCUGCUGGCUCCAGUAGUCCGUCUCCAGCGACUGCAACCACCAAUCCAUUCAUCUUCACGAGAAUCAAUGACGAAGACUCUUCUGUCACUGGUGAAAAGCCGAGUGGCAACUUCACAGGAAGAAGCAACUACUUCAGGUACGAAGAUAAACGAGGUGGAUAUAAAAUUCAACAGUGGAAUAACGGAGUUUACGUUGAAAAAAUUCCAAAAUCCCAACGACGCAGAAGACAAUUAUCAGGUGAAGAGAUUGAAAAAAAUUCUAGACUCCACAAACGACAGGUAAAUCCUCCCUCUGCCUCGGGUGGAGGGAGAUUUAGUGAGAGGCAGAGCUUUUCGAGUUAUGGUCUUGAUGCACUGAGAAAUAGUGCUGAUCUUGUCAAUCCUGGAUUGUAUGCAUCGGAUUUUAUCCAUAAAGUUGAAAUUGAUGUGACAGAAACUGGUACGAUUGCAGCAGCUGCUAGCAGUGCUGCUGUUCUACGCACCGCAUAUCUUUACGUAGCCAAUAGGCCUUUUAUAUUUUUUAUUAGACAUGGGCCAUCACGAUUAAUCCUCUUCUGGGGAACCAUCAAUAAGCCCACCCCGAAUUAUCCAAAGUCAUCAUAAUAAAUUAAUAAUAAAUUUGCCUUUAAGUGGCUACAUGUCCAGUAAUAUUACCGUAAAUUCUUAUUUAUUAUGCGGUCAUUGAAAUUUCACCCACAUUCAAGAACAUUUAUCAAUAUUAAUAUUGCUUAUUUAAGACUGAAUUCACUACUUAAUUUUCAAUAAUUCGUUGUACGAUAUUCCCACGCAAUUAGAGUUACUAUGAUUGAGAGCUUCAGCGAGUAUAAAUAAAUGAAAAAAUCAAAUAAAUAAAUUCGAAACAGAAAGCUACAUGUUUCACAUUAUUUUUACACACAUGAAAAUGACUGGUAAAAAAUAAUACUAAUUACCUGUUAGUAAUGAUAAGUUUUAAAGUAUAACUCAGAGGUGGUGGAACUGUUGGAGCUAUUCAUGGAUCAUCGUUCUCACUUGGUCGUGCCAAAUUGAAAUCCAGAAUUUCGUCAGACGUAAGAAAUCGAACGUCACUGUCUUCAGAUAAUCCAGAUCCUUUACUCGAUUUAGCACUUCGUACGUAUGAUUUUCGCCAGCUCCAAAUGAACAUAAUGACAAUAGUUACAACUGCUCCGAAUGCUACGAGAGCUGCUAUUAUACUGAUGAUUGCAGUUGAACUCAAAGACGCGUGAGAUUGCACUUGUUGCACAUGCUGUAUCGCGAAUUGUGUUUCUGUUGGAAAAAGUGGGUAAUUGUGUUUUUUAUUCAUAUGAAAAUUUGUUAUUCUAAAAAUUAGCAAAUGUUCCUUAUCUUGAAACAGUUCAAACAAAGCCAAUUAUAUCACAACCAUUUGCAUCUACAUUACUACUGAGGUCUAGAUUUUUCGCAUAAUGAUUGAAUUCGAUUACUCACCAGUUGUCUCAUCCGAAUGAGUCGUCUUAAAUGACGUAAAUGAGGUUUCAGAGUGGAUUGGGCUUUUAGUCAUUGGAAGAGUCAAUUUAGUUGUGUAAGGCUCCAGUUCAUCUUUGGGCUCGACAGGUGUUGAAACGUAAUGAUGUCCCACUGUCAAUCCAUCAUUACCAGUUGAUGCUGUGUAUAAGUCAUCUGCGCUAGGGGCUGAAAACAAACCACAACGUGAAUACUGAUUUUGAAAUUAUCAUUUGCCUUGAAAUGCUUGUCAGAUUGUGCAGUGUGAAACAAACCUAGAACGCAGUACUCAGCAAAGUCAGGACAGCAUGUGGAAUUAUCAGCACAGUCGUCGGAACAAUGGCAUGCGUCAGGCGACGUCAGUGGUAUUAUAGUUGUCCAUGUGCCUGUGGAUUUUACAUUACCACAUCUCCCUCGGCAGCUCUGUGCAGCAUUGACUAUUUCAAUUUGAUCUUCAACAUGUCACCGUAAAAAUUAUUGACUACACUGGUCGAGUAACAUUUAAUUUGUCUUUCUAUUUGUUGUCUUUACCAUUGUUAUCUGCUACAGAUGUGCGCGUUAUGUUGUCGUUGGGUGUCUGCCCUUGCAAACACUCUGCACCUUGCAGAAUGGCCACAUCGUCCACUGCCAAAUCACUCUCAUAACCGGCACCCCGUAUGCCCUCAAUAACAAUCUGAAGGUGAAAGAAAAAAAUUGACAUUUUUCAUUAUGAAAUUUGACAUCGAAUCACGGAGCCAGUUUUAGAGAAAUUUCUUCAAAUCUAAGAGAGAUAGCGGAAUUGUCAUGACAUGUCGCUACUGAAAUAAUAUAUUCAUCAACUAACAUACUUGAAAGUUGUCACUCGUUUUGGGAAGAUUGAAAAUUCCAUGGAGCCAUUUAUUGCCUUGAUUAUGAUGCUUUUCGAACAUUAAUUCAGGAUUAUCAGGAUCUGACUCCAGUUUGAAGUAAAUUCGUAAUGCACCGAUGUUAACUCCAUACAUGUGAUACCUGA